AUGUCCUGUAUAGUGUGCACGAACCCGAUCAGAAUCAGGGCCGUUACACCCUGCAAGCACGACACGUGCCAUGUGUGCGCGUUUCGGACCCGUGCCCUGUACCACAAGAAACAGUGUCUGGUGUGUCGCACAGAGAACGAGAGAGUGCUGUUUGCCGACUCCGAGAGCCAGACGGUCGCGGCCUCGGACGACCGGUACGCCAUCGACUUCACGUCGCACGACGCCAAGAAACAGACGCUCGACCUGCUGCUCAACAAGUGUCCCAGGUGCAGCACUGUGUUCAGCACUUUCAAGCAGCUCAGCGAGCACGUUCGCACGCAGCACGACAGAGUUUUCUGCAACAUUUGCGUCAACCAGAAAAACCAGUUUGUGUGCGAGCUCAAGCUGUACAACUCGCGCCAGCUGCACCAGCACCAGGUCAAGGGCGACCAGAACGGGUUCAAGGGCCACCCGCCGUGCCGGUUCUGCACUGGCAAGCGGUUCUACAGCGACGACGAGCUGUUUGUGCACAUGCGUGAGAAGCACGAGAAGUGCCAUAUUUGCGACCAGAUCGACGCUACAAAACCGCAGUAUUUCCGAGACUACGACCAUCUCGCGUCGCACUUCCGCGACGCGCACUACGUUUGCAACGUGCAGUCCUGUCUGGACCAGAAGUUUGUCGUGUUCCGCGACGAGCUGGACCUGCGCGCGCACCAGAUCAAGGAGCACGGCUCCAUUCUGGGCGGCGACCGCAAGCUGCCGGCGUUCGGCGGCAAGCUAACGAUCGAGAAAAAGAAGCAGGACGAGCCCAAGGACAGCUACGAGACCAAGAAGCUGCGGCUCGACGAGCGAGCUAGACAUUACCUGAACUAUGACCAGGCCAAGGUGGACGAGUUCCAGAGGCUGGUGGGCGAGUUCGGCAAGAACGGCAACGAGCGCGAGGUGCUUGCGAAACUGCGCCAGCUGUUUGUGCAGAGCUCGGCCGAGGAUCUUGGCCUGCUGCUGCUCGAGCUCAAGGAGCUGUUCCCGCAAAACUCGUCCCCACAUAAAUUUCUCGAGACAGAGCUCAAGAGCCAUAACCGCGAAAAACUGCUCGACCAGCAGUUCCCAGCGCUCAGCACGGCGCCGGCCUCGCGGCCCGUGGGCCCGUGGGGCCAGAACCAGCCCGUGACGGGGCUGCGCAAGGCGCCACCAAAGUCGAAGCCCGUUGUCAAUAGAGGCACCUCGUCAAACGUGCGACUGACGUAUCUCAACAACACGCAGCCCAAGCCCCAGGCCCCGGCAUUGGACGACCAGCUGUUCCCCAAGCUGCCCAGUGUCCAGAAACCCAAGCCGCCAAGGGUCAACCCGGUCAACACCUCUAUCGGGCAGUGGGGCCAGGGCCUGCCGCAACGACGCGAGGAGUCCGACCUCGAGGUCAAAAAGGGCAAGAAGGGCAAGCAGGUGCUGUUCCGCAUGGGAGUUAAUAGAAACUGA